AUGGAAAAGAAACAUCAGUCCGUAUCCGGUACACCGGACGAGAACGUUUAUCGCAAACGACGUAAUUCUUAUAGCGAAGCAAUGACCGAGGAAAAUACGAUCGAGGAUCACGAUUUACAACACGUGGAACGUUGUUAUUCUCGGGGAAGCUUAGAAACGGGUUCCACCAUUUUACGUAGAAGUACGAAAUCCCGAGAAAAUUCGAGCAUAGAAUCGGUAACCUGGUCAUCGACUAGUUUCGAUUCUAAACGAGAUUUAAAUCGCACAACUUCCGCGAACUCCAGUAGUAAAUCCUGGAGCGAGGCUGAGAUUCACGAGGUACUUCGUUCUUAUCCCGAUAUAUUAUCGAGAUUGACCAGAUGCAAGUGUUACGUGGAUAUAAACAACAAGUGUCAGUGUCGCUGUCGUUAUCAGUGUUCAUGCAAUCAGUAUUGUAACCGUCAGCGUCGUAGGAUAUCCACGAUCUCAAGAAGAGACUCCUUUGGUAGUUUCAAACGAAAGGAUUCGAGUUACUCGGUAUCGACCUGCCAAAGCUUCCUUCCACCGACGUCAGGACGAAACUCAGCUGUUAGUCUCUAUCGUAUCGGUAACUACAAUGGCCAAGACUCAGAUCAGAACGAAACGAUCGUCAAGAAGGACUCGAUUCAAAGGCGGCAUUCCGAUCAAACGCAUUUCGUUCGUGGCUGCCAGAUCGAAUACGCGGAUAGACGGAGAUACUCUGAACAGACACCGAGAGAUACCAUCUGUGAGUGUACGGCUAGGUGCAAUAACCACUUGAGAUCGAGACUCUCUUCGAGAUUCCUAGCGAAGGCGGGACAGAAAAGAUCUUGGCUGUCCUUUCAACGAGCGAGUACCGACGAUGUCGCUGUUAAAGAAGCCGACGAGACUGACAACGAGAAGGACGGAAACGAUUCAGGGAUUUCAAGCGUUCCUGAGAAUCGCAGAAAGAGUAAUGCGAUCGAAGUCAAUCCUAAGAUGUACAAAAGACGAUUUUCCGAACAGCUUAUAUUGGAAGCUGGUCUCAGUAGUUUCCCAGAUUUUGAAACCCUCGUAACCGAACGAGAUGACAAUGCCGAAGACGAAGAAGAAUCUUUCACAGGUAUUAAUGCCAGAAAGAGACUUACUUUGAAGAAACAUUAUUAUCCCGAGGGUGGUUGGGGUCGAACUAUAAUUCUCGUGGCCGUUUUAGUACAGUUACUCUCUCAUGGCUUGCAACUCGCAGCAGGAGUUAUCUUGACUCCGACGAUUAAUCAUUUCCAACAUGAUGUCAGGGAUGCAGGAAUAGACGUCACACGUUCAAUGGAAAAACAUCCCACAGAUUCCAAUCUUCCACGAAUCGCAACAUCUCUAGCCGAUUGUGUACGGUCUGUCGAGAAUAAUUUUCAAUAUCGAUGCUAG